AUGGCUGCUGUUGGUGCUGGUCGUCGUCGCGGGCCUGCCACGACGGUCCUCGUGACGGCGACUCUCGCGCCUUUCCUGUAUCCCUCUCUAGCUCUGCACACGCCUAGCCGUGCCGCAGGCUUGUUGAACCCGACACAGGCAGUAUCACUGUUGUCAUGUCGCGCCACAGCUGUCAAUGGCUGCCAUUCACGCCGUCGUUGGGCAAGCAGCAGCAGCACAACCACCACCACCGACGACACCGCAGGUGGCACAGCGCCAACCGUCAACGACCUCCCUGAAUCACGGCUCAAUCCCGCCCCGGACGACUACACAGCGCCGAGCUUCGCUGACAGCGCCGAGCUCACGCUCUAUGCCGGUCGUGGAGGCAGUGGCUGCGUGUCAUUUUCCCGCGAGGCCUAUCUGCCUGACGGGCCCCCCAAUGGCGGUGAUGGCGGUGCCGGUGGCAACAUUUACAUCCAGGCUGCCCAUGGCGAAACAUCGUUGCACAAGAUUGCCAGACGACGCUUUAUCCGCGCCGGUCGCGGUAAGCACGGCCAGGGCAGCGCGAAGAGCGGCACCAGGGGUGACGAUGUCAUCAUUACGGUGCCCGUUGGCACGAUUGUCCGAGAGCUGGAGCGCCAGGAUCCCACCACCGAAGAGGCCUUGAGUAUCAAGAUGUACCGCGCCGAGAUGAAGGCGAGACGGCGUCGGGAGCUCGAGAUUGAAGACGAGGAACGCCGCCAAAGGAAACUUGAGAGGCUACGACAGGAACAGCUUGAGCAGGAGGGUAUCAUAGAGGAGACUGAGGAUGAUCCGCUUGCAGAGACCGACGAGUGGGAGGAAGACAUGAGCCGCCGUUCGCAUGCCCGGUUGGCAAAGCAUGAUCAGCUCAUGCAGGCCGAGGAGGAGGAAGCGGAUGAGAUUGAAGAUCCGCAGCGACACAAGUGGCUUCUCUACCCCGGCAUGACCAAAAACGAUAUGCGGUCGACCGAGUUCCCCAGCCUGCCGCGCCGCACCCGUCUCCUCCAGCAGCCCCCGGCGCCCAUCUACCUCGACCUGUCGCGGCCCACGCCCCAGCCCAUCCUGCUCGCGACCGGCGGCAUCGGCGGCCUCGGCAACACGCACUUUAGCUCGCGCGAGCAUCCCCGCCCCGUCUUCGCCACCAAGGGCGACGACGCCGUCACCAUGCGCAUCACGCUCGAACUCAAGCUCCUCGCCGACGUCGGCCUCGUCGGCCUCCCCAACGCCGGCAAGAGCACGCUGCUCCGCGCCAUCACCAACAGCCGCACCCGCGUCGGCAACUGGGCCUUUACCACGCUCCAGCCCAACAUCGGCACCGUCGUCCUCGACAAGUACUCGGGGCGCCCCGUCGUGCCCACCGCCGCGCGCCCGCUGCCCGCCGUCACCCCCGGCAGCGCGCCCGACCCAGAGGACGGCCCCGCCGACCCGCGCACGCGCUUCACGGUCGCCGACAUCCCCGGCCUCAUCGAGGGUGCCCAUCUCGACCGCGGCCUGGGCAUUGCUUUUUUGCGCCACGUCGAGCGCGCCGGCGUCCUGGCUUUCGUUGUCGAUCUCUCCGCGGGCAACGCCGUCGCCGCCCUCAGGGCCCUCUGGCGCGAGGUCGCCCUCUACGCCGCCAUGCGCGACGAGGAGGAGCGCGCCCGCGCCGCCAUUGACUGGGACGAGAGCAAUCUUGAUCCCUUUGCCGGUGGCACCGUCAACCUCAUGCAUCUCCCGCCCACGGCAGACGAUGCGGCGGCCGCAGUCGCCAAGGACAUGACGCCCACCAUGCACACUGCCGGCAAGCCGUGGUUUGUCGUCGCGACAAAGGCCGACAAGCCCGGCACGCGCGAAAACUUUGCGGAGCUCAAGGCGUACCUCGGCGCCAUCACGGCCGGCACAGAGGCGCACCCCAGCGGCGUCGAGGCGCAGGCCUGGACGAAGAAGUGCGCGGCGAUUCCCGUCAGCGCCAUCAACGGACAGGGCGUGGAUCGCAUUGUCCGCUGGACGGUUGGUCUGCUGGGGGGUGAGCAGUAA